AUGUCACUGGGAGCUGCUGGGAUGAGAUUAUUCAACAUUAUGAGGACAUUUAUCAGUGACAAUGGAAAAUACAGCACGGUAGGAUUUGUAAGAAAGGAUCUUUACAACAUGUCUUGCCGUGAAAAGAUGAAGAUGAUUGCAAAGGGUGACGCCAACACAACCAUUGGCAUUAUGGAGAAGAGGAAGAGAGAUGAUCCUGAAUUCUUUUUUGAUUACAAGCUUGGUAAAGGUGGAAAAUUGUUACACCUGUUCUGGUGUGAUUCUCAUUCUCGGCAGGACUAUGCCGACUUCGGUGACGUGCUGGUGUUUGACAGCACGUACAAAACAAAUCGGUAUGCUAUGCCGUUCAUACCUUUUGUGGGAAUAAACAAUCACCGCCAGACUAUUGUUUUUGCAUGCGCCAUUGUCUCGAACGAGAAGGAAAAAACAUACAAGUGGUUGUUAGAAACAUUCCUGAAGGCCAUGUAUCAGCAGAAGCCUAAAGGGAUCAUCACUGAUGGGGACGCUGCAAUGAUCACCACUGUUGGUAAAGUCUUUCCAGGUGUGUGGUACCGUGUUUGUACGUGGCAUAUUGAGAAGAACAUGAAGAAGCACCUAGACCCCCUGGCUCACAAUGAAUUCCGGUCGCUGCUGUACUACAGCACUUCGGAACAAGUAUUCGAGGAGAGAUGGAGGGCAUUCGUCGAGAAGCACCAGACGGCAUUAACCAAAGAAUGGAUGAAGAGGAUGUAUGCUAGGAAGAAGUUGUGGUCAGCCGCUUAUCUAGCGAAUGGAUAUUUCCUUGGAAUGAAAAGCAACCAGAGGAGCGAGAGUUUGAACUCCACCCUACACACCCACCUUGACUUUGGACUGACAAUUGUGGAUAUGGUUGUGCACUACGAGAAUAACAGUAGCCGUGUCCGGGAGGAAGAGGCCCGCCACGACGCCAUAGACUCUCAGACACUACCGGUUGCGGCUACUGUGUACAAGGAUAUAGAGACGUCUGCUGCCCGUAAAUUCACUGCUGCAAACUUCUACCUCGUUCAAGAGGAGCUGAAAAAGACUGGGGGCCUAGAGAUUGUAGAUCAACUUGGAUGUGUUGGUGGGGUAUCAACCUUCGUUGUGUCAUGGAUGAAUAACCAAUCUUUCAGCGAGCUUAUGAAAUGUAUGAAAGGCAUAAUAUACAGGAGAAAAGGCGCCCAGACCAGUCAUUCAACGGCUUACCAUGAGGACGCACAAAACAGAGGAGAUGCACCAGUAGUGGGUGAUCCUGAUCAAGCUGAGACCAAAGGAGCACCUAAACAAAACAAGAGGUACUAUAAGGACAAGGAUACAAAUCAACAGACGUCAAAACAUGGCAGGAUGCUGGCACACGACGAGCGGAAGAAGGAGAGGUUGUGCACUGCUUGCAAUCAACCAGGUCAUAACAGAAACAACAAGAUGAAUUGCAGGCUACGUAAGGAGUGA